CUCGCCACAACCCGUCGCGAUGAGGCCCUCGGUGCGGCCGUUCUUACUUAUUACGUAGUUGUGUGAUGGUUGUGCUUUCGGACUUUCUAUAUGGGAUUUGUAUCGGUUAAUAUGACUCUGAUGCGGCGCGAUGCGGGUGCAGCGUUGCAGCUGCUAUUUGUAGUCCUUUUGUUCACUUCAUACCGUGGAGCAGCAGAAGAGAGAGAACAAGCCGAAAGCUCAGAGCCGCGCCUAGCGCCGUGGUUCACGACUGAGCCGCCAUCGCGCGCUGUCUUCGCUUCAAGCGCGGGCGCACGGCUGCUAUGCGCGGCGCGCGGGGACCCCCCACCUACCAUCACGUGGACGACUGAGGAUGGACAGGAGCUGCUCUCUGAUCAGCACAGACGAGUGUACAGCAACGGCAGCCUUGAGAUAGCCCCCACGACGGGUACCAGCGUCGGGAGCAAUGGCGUCAGCGUGCUUCGCUGUCGCGCCGCUAACGCACACGGAGUGGCGCUUUCUGUGCCAGUUACACUUCUACCUGAUGACAGCUGGGAGGCGGUGGUGACGGCAUGGCCGGCGGCCGUGGGUGGCGUGGCUAUGUUGACUUGCGGCGUGGCCGGCCUGAGCAGUUCGGGGGACGAAGAUGAAGGUGACGAGCUGGAGGUGGCUCUUUGGUACCAUGGAGAACGAGUCAUUGACGUGCCGCCACCCACACCAGAAACACGAUACCUAUCAGCGGGCAACACGCUCCUAAUACGCAGCGUGACGGAACGAGACGCUGGCACCUACGGAUGUCUAGCGCGCCACCGCGCGACGCGCCGCUCGCGCCGCGCGCGUCCUGCUGAACUACGAGUUACAAGAGGUGCGACGGGUGCUGUGCCCGCGCCAGCAGCGGCGGCUCGGGCCGUACGCGCGGCCUCUGGAGCUGCUGCCUGCCUCCCUUGUGCCACUUCGCUUCAUCCUGCACCACACUACACGUGGUACCGGGAGCGAGAAGGUCGCCUUCAACCAGUAGCAGGAGAAGGCGACACGUGGACCUGGGCAGGUGGUGCUGCGCUUUGCGUACGCGCCGCCCGCACGGCUGCUGGCGCGUGGCUGUGCAAGGCUUAUAGCGCGCUUGGAGACGCCACGGCGAGGUUACGGCUCCUCGUCGAUGUUCCUUUGACGAUUGCGUUACAUCCGCAGCUUGUGGUGGCACCCAGCGGCAGCACAGUCAGAUUCAACUGCUCUGCGUCAGACGAAGAAGCAGCACUAAGUUGGCGGCACGACGGUUCGCCGGUGGCAGGGGCGGGGGGCGCGGGGACAGCGUCGCUCGUGUUGCGCGGUGUAACACGCGCCGCGCGCGGUGUGUACCAGUGCGAGGCGCGCCGAGGAACUCGCGCGGCGCAGGCGAGUGCUGAACUACGACUUGGAGAAUCAGCACCAGAGCUCCAGUAUACAUUCAUCGAGCAAGCGCUCCGCGCUGGAGGUGACGUGGCGUUGCGUUGUGCGGCCGCCGCAUCGCCGCCCCCACGGAUAGCGUGGCUGCUGGAUGCUCAACCACUAGCUCACUACCGAGCUGUUCAUAGAUACACAGUCACAGAGGAGACAGGUGCUGGCGGUGAAAUAGUAUCAGUUCUGAGGCUACGCGCGUUAUCCGCCGCGGAUGGAGGACGGUACACAUGCCGCGCUCACAACUCCCGAGGCGCUGCGGAGCAUUCGGCACGCCUCAAUGUUUAUGGUCCGCCGUCCAUCCGAGCCGCGGGUCCCGUGCGAGUGGUAGCGGGCGCCAACGCCACCAUCUACUGCCCCUACGCUGGAUAUCCGAUCAGUGAGGUAUGGUGGUGGCGCGACGGCGAACGCAUUGGUGGCAAUGGGCGCGUGUCAGCGCGCAGCGCGGCGUUACGCCUGCGGCCCGCGCUACCGGCCGACCAGGCGGCGUACGCUUGCAGUGUGACCGCACCCGACGGGCAGGUCGCGAGGCGGGAGAUAGAGAUACAAGUGCGAAAUCCGCCGAAGAUCUCACCGUUUAUAUUUUCGGCGGAGCUGACAGAGGGCAGCAGUGCGCAAGCACUCUGCGGCGUAUCGUCGGGCGACAAACCACUAUACUUUUCGUGGUUGAAGGAUGGCGCCCCAUUGCCGGCAGCCCUACAAGUUCAGGAGAAGAGUCUCGGCGAGUUCUCUCUCCUCGUGUUCCCCGCGUUGGCUGCGAGGCACUCUGGCGUUUACACCUGCCGUGUUGCCAAUCAUGCCGCGAGUGCCAACUACAGCGCUACUCUCAGCGUUAAAGUGGCUCCUUCAUGGACAACAGAACCGUCUGAUGCAGCAGUUUUGCUGGGAGCCCCUUUGCUAUUGGAAUGUGCUGCGAGAGGCCACCCGACUCCAGUGGUAACAUGGUUUAGAAAAGUCGGUGAGUCUCCGAAUGGUUUAGAAAAUGAGGAGCAAUGGGAAGAGGUCAGCGGUCAACAGUGGGGUGACACUGGAGGAGCGGUGACGCGAGGUGGUGCUCUUUCAGCUGCAGCUGCGGCUAGACGUCACCAGGGCCGGUAUCGGUGUAAGGCCGAUAACGGAGUUGGUACUCCUCUGGUUAAGCACGUCAAUGUUACUGUUCAUGAACCUGCACACUUCGAAGCUACUGAGCCGCGAAACGUAUCAGCAGUGCGCGGCCGCGAGGCUGUUCUGUGGUGCCGAGCACGAGGCGAUGCGCCGCUUAGUCUUACAUGGACGAGACUUGGCCGCCGUUUAGACCUUGACUCUUUUCGAUGGUCAAUAUCAGAGAGCGGUGCUGGUGGUGCUGGGGAAGCACUGCGAUCGAACUUCGGUUAAGAGCAGCCGAGGGUGCUGAUGCUGGAGAAUAUCGUUGUCUUGCAGCAAACCAUUACGGUCGUGCGGAAAUGCUUGUAUUUCUGCAUGUCGAAGAACCACCCGAGGCUCCAGCUGGACUGCGACUAGGUGGUGUAGGAGCACGCUGGAUCAGAUUAGUGUGGGAUGCAAGCGCCGCUGACGCUCACUAUUCAGCUAUAUACACA